AUGAUCUUUGUGAGAAAGAUGCUGCAGCAAGCUCUUAGAGUAUCCGGCCGGAGCGCCUUCCCCCUGGUCAAGUGGAUGGAGAGAUGGGCCGAGGGCGCAUCAGCGGGUCCGGAGGGCACCAAGCAGCAGGCGGUGAGGACGCUGGACUACAUGCCCGGACCGUCGUUCGCCAGCUUUGCCUGGGACUUGUUCGCCAAACGGGGGCUGUCACGGCUGCACGAGUUACAGCUGGAAGGAGUGCAGCGGUACGGCCCGAUGUGGAAGGCCAGCUUCGGCCCCAUCCUCACAGUUCACGUGGCUGAUCCAGCGCUCAUCGAGCAGGUACUGAGGCAGGAGGGCCAGCACCCAAUGCGCUCUGACCUUUCCUCCUGGAAGGACUACAGGAAGCUCAGAGGACAUCACUACGGACUCCUGACAUCUGAGGGGGAAGAGUGGCAGGCGGUCAGAAGUCUCCUGGGGAAGCACAUGCUGCGGCCAAAGGCGGUGGAAGCCUAUGACAAAACCCUGAACAGCGUGGUCAGUGACCUCAUUGCCAAACUUCGCCUCAGCAGACGUCCUCAAGGCCUCGUCACUGAUAUCGCCAGCGAGUUCUAUCGCUUCGGCCUUGAGGGCAUUUCCUCUGUGUUGUUUGAAUCCAGAAUUGGUUGCCUGGAUCCGGUUGUUCCUGAAGAGACAGAGCGUUUCAUCCAGUCAAUCAACACCAUGUUUGUGAUGACGCUUCUUACAAUGGCCAUGCCAAGCUGGUUGCACCAGCUGUUCCCUAAACCCUGGAACAUCUUCUGUCAGUGCUGGGACUACAUGUUUGAUUUUGCAAAAGCUUACAUCGACCAGCGCUUGACAGCCGAAGCAGAGAAAGUUGCUCGUGGAGAGAAGGUGGAGGGUCGUUAUCUCACCUACUUCCUGUCCAAGACAGGCCUGCCCAUGAAGACUGUCUACAGCAACGUCACGGAGCUGCUUCUGGCAGGAGUCGACACGAUCUCCAGCACUAUGUCCUGGUCCUUGUAUGAGCUGUCCCGUCACCCUGAGGUGCAGGCCUCGCUCCGGGACGAGGUGUUGACUGUACUGGAGGGUCGAAGGAUACCGGAGGCGGCAGAUGUGGCUCGCAUGCCUCUCCUGAAAGCCGCAGUCAAAGAAGUGCUUAGGUUGUACCCUGUUAUUCCUGCAAAUGCUAGAGUAAUUACAGAGAAAGACAUCCAGGUUGGAGGCUACCUCAUCCCUAAAAAUACUCUGAUCACCCUGUGCCACUUUGCAACAUCACGGGAUCCAGCAGUGUUUCCAAAUCCAGAUGAAUUCCAGCCUCAUCGAUGGUUGAACAAGGACAACACUCAUCACCCAUACGCCUCUGUACCGUUUGGGGUGGGAAAACGCAGCUGCAUAGGUCGUCGUAUUGCUGAGCUGGAGCUCUAUCUUGCUCUUGCAAGGAUCCUAAUAGAGUUUGAUGUGAAGCCAGAUCCAGAAGGGGUUUCCGUGAAGCCUAUGACACGGACGCUUCUAGUUCCUGAAAAUGUCAUUAGCCUCCAGUUUAUCGAACGGUGA